AUGGCAGCGCCAAAGAUCUCGCCGUCCGCCAAGCCCAACACGGUCUCAGCCACGUCAGCAAUGACCAGCCCACCCAACCUCGACCACCGCUCCUCGGGCCAACCACACGAGCCGCACGUCGGGCCAACACCCUCCAACCCCACCCCAGACCCCACGCCCGAACCCCACGACCUCCUUCGCAUCCCGGACAAGAAGACGAUCGCCAAGAAGGCACACCUGUCCGCGCCCUCGCCUCUCGUCCUCCCGCGCGCCGUUACGGCUGAAGCAGAGAUCGUCAGCCCUAUUUCACAAACGCCCUCUCCGCCGCCGUCAGUUCUCGUCGCUGCCGCGCCGCCUAACCACACGUCGGUGUUCCUCGCCGCGUCCAAGCUGCGGAACGCUUCCGCCUCGGCCGCGUCAAAGGUCCCCUCCAACGUCUCGUCCUCGACCGCAGCCAAUCUCAAACCGAACUCGCUCGACUCAGUCGACGCGACCACGAUCACCCCACUGGCCAUCGCCACAAAGAGCGACAACAUGCUCGAGGUGGAGCCAGCUUCCCCCGCACCCACGGCCACGCUCCCGAACUCACCCGCCAGCACGGCGACAAUCUCCAUCGCCACUAAACUCUCCAUGUCUACCGCUCCCAUAGAGGCUCCCCGCCGACACUCGUUCCCCGCAUCCUCCGUCGAGCCCGUACGUCCCUAG